UAUUAAUCCCACAUAAGCAGAGCGAUACACCGGAAGUUUUCAAAAUUUCUUUCGAGUCAGUCAACAUUUCCGUAAUGACCGAUUAAAUGUCAAAGUGGCCGGAUAAGGCUAUUGGUCAAAAACCACGCAGACGGAAAUGGAAUGUGUUGGAUUUGAAUUGGCUUGAUUUGGCGACAGUUUUAAGACUUUGGUUUCUGAAGUGCUUUGUUUACAUGUUAUAUCAGUGUUUCUUGUUAUUAUUUAUGAUUAAUUAUGAAUCAGGUGAUUUGCAAACAUUGCAAAAAAAUAUUUAAACAAAAUAAAAAUCUGUAUGAGCAUAUUAGGAACGUUCAUAAAGCAAAUGUAACAACUGGAAGUUUGAAAUGUCCCAUGAAUGAUUGUGAAGUGUGUUUGAAAACUCGUAUGUUAUUAAGAGACCAUUUAUCAAAUUUUCAUAACCUCAAACAUGUGGAAGAAAAAGAGGAGCAUCAAUUUGAUUCUUUCACUAGUUUCUUACAAUGGAAAGAGGCAAUUGAAGCUCAACUCAAGUCAUCUUACUGUUCCAGUGCCUCAGUUACACUGGCAAAUGGCAGCAAAAAACGUUACUUUUUGUGUAAUCGUUCUGGCAUCUUCAUAUCAAAAGCUUCUGGGUCUAGAGCAUCAAAAUCGCAAGGAACCUGUAGAAGCGGUAAUUUCUGCCCAUCAACAAUUGAAGUCAUAGAGAAUGAUAAAAUCUAUGUCACUUUUUAUAAAGCUCAUGUUGGGCACGAAAAUGAACUGAAAUAUCUUCCUUUGAGUUUGAGAACAUCAGUGAAGAGUGAAUUAGCAAUAAAGAUUUCAGAUGCAAUUUCUUUGAAGCAGUGUUCAAAUGACGUCAGAAACUCCUUGCCUGAUAAUUUUGAAAGAAUAAAUUUGCUUACUAAACAAGAUCAGCAGAAUAUUGGUAAUACCAAGGUCUACAUUGCAAAUUCUCACAUUGUUAAAAAAGAAAAAAAUGAAUGUGAUUGUGAAUUGUUUUUUAAUACUUGUAAAAUCUGUAUACAUUGUUAUUCCUGUACAUGCAGUGAUUUUACUGUUAGAGCAAAUUUGUGUAAGCAUAUACAUGCUGUAGGCAUAUAUUUUAAAAAUGCCCAAAAAUCUUUACAAGAAAGAGAAAGUGUUGUUAUUAAUGAAUUUAUGGAAAGUGCUAGUUUUAUUAGCCCAGUAAAUUUAGAUAAUUUGAAUAAUGAUGAUGACAAUAGUCAACUUAAAUCAAAACUCUCUCAUGCAUUAAGGUUGUUAGAUAAUGUGACUUUAAAUGAUGAAACAAAAAAACUGUUGAACAAACAUCUUGACGCAAUUAUUAGUUUAAUAGAAAAUGAUGAUGAAAAAGUGGAUACAACAGUCAGCUAUGAACCUGUAAAUAAAAAAAUUAAGCUUUAACUAAGAUUUUGCUCAACUAAGAAGAAAUUAUUAAAUAGUAGUUAAUCUAUUUUUAAACAUAAUAACAAUUAAAAAGUAUCCUUAACUGAAUCAGUUUUGAAUAAUGCGUUAGUUAAUUCAUUCAUACUAAUUAAUAUUCAUUCAUACUGCAGCUGUAAUGUUCAAAACUAAAGUGUAAUAUAUUCUAUGUAAUAUAUAAUAUAUUCAAUGUAAUGUGUAAUAUAUUCAAUGUAAAUGUAAUGUAGUAUUCAGAAAUCAAAUUUAAUAUUUUCUGAAGAACUUUUUGAGAGCUUUUUGACUUGACUUUCUAGGUAGUAAUAUCAACCUCUUUCAUUUCUUCUUUUGAAAAAUGUAUUUUCUACAACUCUAUUUUGAUAGAAUUUUUUUCUGAAUGAAGGGAAUUAAGCAUGCGAUAACCAUUAAAACUUCAGUAGAUCUAGGUACCUGAUGGAACUAGCAUUGUCGAGAAGUUUAUUAGAAAAUCGGAAGAGUUAGCUGAGGUGUGUUCCUGGUUGUGAAAUAGUUUACUAUUUUCAAUAAUUAUAAUCUUUCAUCAUAAAUGUUGUACAAAGGUGUAAAUAAAAGCUUUUUUUUUGUUACAA